AUGCAUUUGUUUACUUUGGAGUCCGAGAUGACGCCUUCUUUUUUAUUCACUUUGUUCCUGUUGCAAGGUCUCUGGGUCAGUGGAUCACCGGGCUGUGCGUCCUGUGGCGUGCCCGCUAUGGAAAGAACCGCAGAAGAAAGGCAUAUGAUAGAAAUCGUCAAGCAGCAACUUUUAGACAAGCUGCACCUGAAAGAAAGACCGAACAUCACUCAGACGGUUCCCCGGGCAGCGCUCCUCACUGCGCUGCGCAAACUGCACUCUGGGCGCGUCCGACAGGAUGGUACUUUGGAACCAGAAAACAGUUUACCCAAAGAUCAAAGCUAUGAAAUUGUGAGCUUUGCAGAUCUAAAUGAGACAGAGAGUGGGGAUGCAGCUAGCCUCAGCCUUGCCUUCCAGUUUCUACAGGAGCAAGGGCAAAAUAUCCAGGUGCUCCAGUCUUCUCUGUGGAUCUAUGUCCGCUCCUCUGAGGACCGCCAUAGAGACUCCCGCCUCUCUGCUCAGGUGUUUCUCUCUGCAGAAGCUGGGGUGCCAGGAGCUAACCGCACCCUGGUGAUGGAAAAGAUGCUGGAGGUCAAGGUGAGUAACUGGCACACCUUCCCCAUCACCCGCACCUUGCAGGCCUUUCUGGAAGGGGCCCGGCACAAACUGCGUUUGGAGGUAAACUGCGAUGAGGAUGGGAAGAACCUUUGCUCCCUGGAUGGCUCUACCGACACCCUCAACCAGCCCUUCCUGGCUGCCCAGCUGCGUCUCCGAGAAGACUACUCCAAACACUCUCUCAGGAAGCGCUCGGUACGUUGUGGUGAAGAUGUAAGCGUGUGCUGUAAGAGAGAAUUCUACAUAAAUUUUAAAGAUAUCCAGUGGAAUGACUGGAUCAUUGCACCUGAGGGCUACCAUAUGAACUACUGCAUGGGUCAGUGCCUCCAGCAUCUGGCUGGAUCCCCGGGCAUAGCAUCCUCAUUCCAUGCCACUGUCUUCAGCCAGCUGAAAAUCAAUGGCAUUAACGCAGAUGUAUCUUCAUGUUGUGUUCCUACUGAGCGACGGCCACUCUCCAUGGUGUACUUCAACUCCCAGCACAUCAUUGUCCAAACGGACGUCCCUGAUAUGAUAGUGGAUUCCUGUGGAUGUACAUAAAGGAUUUGUAAAUAUAUGUUAUAGUUAACAAAUACUUUUUUAAUAUGGGAUAAUUAGACAGAAUGAUAAUACAUGAUAACAGAGGAGGAGUAAAUCUUAUUUGGGACAACAAAUAACUCUAAAUACGCUGUUACUUGUACUCUUUUCUUCCCAAAUAAAACACACAAGUGUGUAGAAAUAAUAUAUAAAUAAUAAAACAACACAUAAUUUAGCAGUUUACACAUACAUAAACAAUUAGAGGAAUAGACCAAGAGAUCUUUCUGUUUUAUCACAGUUUGUCACUCAUUAGAUUUUGAGAGAAGGGUUUGAGAGAAAAUGUUACACUGAGUCUCAAUGAAGACCAUUUUUUUUAAACCGAGGCACUAUAAAAUAAAGUUAAUAAACUAAGAAACGUUAAAAGACAUACAAUAGAAAAAAGAAUAUUUGUGAUAUUAUCGUAAACCAAAUAUAGAGCUGUAAAGUGGCUAUUAGUCCGGCUUAAGACACUGCUUAUGGAGGUCAUAUGAAACACUAAGAGAUUAAUGUAAUGCCCUCACUGUAGUUCAUUUUAAAGAUGCAUUUUCUUUUUCAUUUUCGUCAUGUUUAGAUUAUUUAUUUUGUAUUUUACAAUUGCUGCUGGAUUUCAGUGGAAUUCAGUCCAAAGACAUUUGGUGUAGAACUGACCUGUUAAAGAGAGGCUUUUAAAAUAACCUUAUAGUAUGCCUUCAACUUGUGUCAAGGCACAAAGAUAAUCCAGUAUUAGUGAGUAUUAUUACUGAGUGACUAAUGCUGUCUUUUUAUGUCAAACCUUUUUGUAUUUUAUUUUGGGUUUUUCUUUUGAAUUACACCCAAAGACAUUUUUAAUUGUAUUGUGAAGUUAUGGUGAAUGUUUGAACUUGUCACGCUUUGACCAUGUUCAAUUAGCCCUGAGUUCUGUCUGAGCCAAUGAUGCACGUAUGUUGAAAUUAGUUUGAUCAGCAUCUCCACUGUAUUAUUUACACAAGUCGGCUAAUCAGUUGGGUAACUUUAUCUCUGACAGCAUGAACCCAAGGUCAUUUCUCAGCAGCGUGAGCAAACAUUUAGCUAUUGCCUCAGUGUCAGUUAAUGUGAAGGUCUGUGAGGCAGGUCACAUAGCAUGUGGGUUUGCAUGUUGGCAUUAAUAUCUCAAAGUCUAAAGUUUUCUUGGAUGAUGUCAAAUUAGGAGCAAUCUGGUAUUCUUUUUUUUUUUUUAAACUUCUUUGUUACCCAAUAGUACACAUUUAUAGUCCUACAAUUUAUAAGUGAGUGUAAAAAGUACUAUGUCCAAUCCUAAAGAAUAUUAAGUAAGAUAUAUACUUUGAAAAAUGCCAGCAUCUACACUAAAAUAACUUAAAGUUAAUGAGCACUUUUGCCUCACAAUGCAACACGUGACGGACAUGGAGAACAUUUUACAUUUUCAAAAAAUGAUGUCAUUUCAUGGUAGGAAGAAUGUAUUAUUUACAAUAAUGUAUCGUAUAUGGACUACAAAGAUAUAAUAAUAUAUUUAUAGUAAAUUCCUGAGUCACAGGCCUUACUUCUUGCCUAUGUUUACACCAAGUGUUGGAAAAGCCAAAGAUGUUUUCUGGAUUUUCUGGAUUGUACUGGCAUUGCACAAAUGUUAUUUUGAUGGCAAACAUACUUGGGCUUUUUGCCUUACAAGAUUGUUCAUAACAUUUAUGUCCAAAUAGCCCACAAACUUGUUCCAGCUAUCUGUUGCCUCUAAAAGCUUCUCUUGUAUUAUUAUCUUGUAAACCAAUUGCAUUAUUGUGUAUUAUUUUAUUUUGCAAGCACCCCCUAUCCCAUGACUCAAUGUAACAUUGAGGCACCAUCAUAACAUAACUUAUAAAGCACUUUAUCACCCUACUGUAUUUUAAGAGCAAAUUCUGCUAGAGGGUUCUACUACUUAUAAAUCUAACGGAAAACUAUUGAUACUGCGCCUACAGAAAGCAUUAUGUCAAUCAUCUUAUUUUCUCAAGCUCUAAUUGAGUUUAAAUGCGUUGUAUUGCAUGUUUUUGCAGAGCACAUAUAUAGAGUUUCUGUAUACUGUAACUGGUGGAAAUGGAGUCAGGAUUAUAAUUUUGUGUCAAUUGAAAUGUGUAAUUAUUGUCUUUAUUUUUAUAUAAUGCUAUUAUGAGCAUAAUGUAUGAGUUGUAAUAUUACUUCAAUGCAAAAUGUUUGUCGCAAUGUGCUGACAUGAUGUGAUUAUAGCACAGUAUACUGUUAAUAAAUAAAUGAAUAUUUUAAAUUGA